AUGGAUACUUUGAACAUGCCUGAGGCUGACCUUCAGUCGAUGGCUGACCGAUUCAAUGCAGAGAUCCACGAAGAACCCAACAUGGAAAGUGGAAGUACGGAUGUUUUGCGUCGAAUGCAGUUUGGGCUGAAGCAAGCUUCAGCUGAUGGGGGAGAAACCGAAGAUGGGCAGAAGCCAGCUCGGGUAGCCAGGGGCAAGGCGAAGGCAAAAGCCAAGGGUCGGCCGAAAGGGAAGGCUAAGGCAGCAGCCAAAAAAAAGCCUGAGCCCAAGCAGGAAGCCAGGGGUAGGGGCAAAAAGGCCAAAGCCGCCUUGGAUGAAGCCGGUGAUGGACCACAUCAAGCCGCGCCUGCUCCAAAGCGCAAACGUGGCAAGGGCAAGGAGGAGAACAAGAUACCAGAGGGCAAUGCCGAGAAGGAGGAUGGAGCGGGUGGGGCUGAGGUUGUCAAGGUGAAGUGCUUUGCAAAGCGUCGCAGGCCUGCUGCAGGAUUUUCCAAAUUGAGGUGGGAGGCCCUCCGCGAAGCUUUUGAGAAGGGUGUGAAGCCAUUCCUUGAAAUCUACAGUGCCCACGAGGACUGUUCCACAUUCAUGUUGCAGCUCAAGUUCUCGAGUUCUUGA